AUGCAAGCAUCUGUGCGGCCGACGACGGACAACUUUGCCUUGGUCUACGCUCUGCGCCGGGCGGCGGCGCUGCGGCUGCCACUCGUGGUCGCCUUUGCCCUCACGGCCUCGUUUCCGGGCGCAAACGCCCGAUCGUACUCGUUCCUGCUCGAGGGCGUGCUGGACGCGUUCGCCGGCCUCGCCGACGCAGGCAUCGGGGGCUGCGUCCUGCUGCCGGCCGACGGCGAGGCUGCCGAUGCGAGCAUGCCCGCUCGUGUGGCCGAGCUCGCCGCCGCCCUUGCCUCGCCCGAGGUCGUCACCGAUGCUGGCUACCUCCACAUUCAGGAGCAGUGGCGGACCGAGCUCGCCGCCGAGCUUGACGAUGCAGGCGUGCCGCUCGUCCAGGUCGAGGCUAACGUGGUCGUCCCGGUCGAGGUGGUGACCGACAAGGUCGAGUACGCAGCACGGACGAUCCGGCCCAAGAUCAACCGUCUUCGCGACGACUAUCUCGUCCCGCUCGAUGACGACGACGCGAGCGACCACGGCCUGAGCCUGGUUGCUCGCCCCGGCGGCGCGCCCGCGUCUACGCAGCUGCCCGAUGGCGUCGCCGACGCGCUGGGCGAGCUGAAGCUCUCGAGGGCGGUGCCUGCAGAUGAGCUUCCCCGAGAAGUGGAGAACAAGGCCGGACAGGCAUGGAUCGCGGAGCGAGUGGAGGCCAUCAACGCCGACGUCAGUGUGGCGCCUGUGGCGGGUAAGCACGGUGGGUGGCGGGCGGGGCGCGACGCGGUCGACGCCUUUGUCGACGGCAAGCUGCGGCAGUACGCGGCCGAGCGCAACGUGCCGUCGCAGGGCUCGACCUCGGGCCUCUCGGCCUACCUUCACUACGGGCACAUCGGCCCGGUCUCGGUGGCGCGGCGGGUGGUGGCGGCCAAGAAGGCGAGCAGCUCGUCGACGACCCGCGAGUCGGCGGAUGCCUUUUUGGAGGAGAUGGUGGUCCGGCGCGAGCUCUCGAUGAACUUUUGCCACUUUAUGGAAGGCGAGAGCUAUGCCAAGUACGAGACGGCACACGAGGGUGACGCGCGGCAGUGGAUUUACACCGCCGACGAGCUCGACGCCGGGCUCACCCAUGAUCCGUUCUGGAACGCAGCCCAGCGUGAGAUGGUGCUCUACGGCGACAUGCAUGGCUAUGCCCGGAUGUACUGGUCCAAAAAGGUCAUCGAGUGGACCGAGUCGCCCAAGGCCGCCUACGCCUGGCUCCGCGCCGCCAACGACAAGUACGAGCUCGACGGGCGCGAUCCCAACGGCUACGUCGGCGUCGCCUGGUGCUUUGGCCGCCACGAUCGCCCCUGGACUCGCCGCGACAUCUUUGGCUCGGUUCGCUACAUGAACGACAAGGGCCUCCUCCGCAAGUUUAAGGACGGCAUCCGCCAGUGGGCUGCCGACAUCAACGCCGCCUACGAGGCCAAGCACAACCUUGCCCCGGGUGUCGACGCCUGGCAGUACAACCCGAACAAGCGUCCUCCCGCCGGAAACGCCGGGCCAUCGGCCAAGAAGCAGAAGAAGAAGUAA